AUGAGUACCACAAAAGAGGAAACUCUUCAUUAUAUGUGUUUUACCGGCAAUACAGAAAAAGUUAAAUCUGCGUUAAAUGCUGGGGAGGACUUUUCCCAAGUCGACAAAAAUGGAUAUUCCCCGAUACAUUACACAAUCAUGAAACAAAACCUUCCUUUAUUCAAAAUUCUUCAAAGCCAUUCAUACCAAACAUCAAAGACAUCAUUAAAACUCUCAUGCCUCCAUUUGGCCAUUCUGUUCGACGCAUUCGACUUUUUUGAAGACCUCAAAGACCAAAAAGAAGAGAUUGAUGUCAAUGGCGAUACUCCACUGUUAUACGCUGUUCGUCUUCAGAAAAACAACUUUGUGAUAGCUCUUUUAAACAGUGGGGCAUCGCCAACAUCUCUUAAUAAAGCGACCCAGGAAUCUCCAUUAAAGGCCGCGUUCUUUUACGGGAACGUUAUUGCCGCUGCGGAAAUCAUACGGAAAGGAGCGCGGCUGUCUUCCGUCGACUCUGCACUUCGGCAAAAGAAAUUGGACUUUGUUGUGAACCUUCAAAACAUCAAGUCGAAUAUCAAAAUUCUAUACACUCCACAGCUCCUUCCCGGCAACGAACAAAUAUUCAAAUCACUCGAAACAGAUGGAGAGAUCAGUGGAAAGAGUGGGAAGAAGAUAAUGGUCCACAGUUGUGUCAUAACACAACAAAAGUUCUUUAAAGAUCUCUCCGAUGGCAGUUUAGAUGUGUACGUUGAGUGGUCGUAUUUACAGAAGUCCCCAACAUUGGAAGCACUCAGUUUAGUGCAGUCAUCGAAAGUGUUGAGUGAAUUGAUGUUGAUUGAGACUAUCAAGAAUUACAUCUCGUCCGUCGUCGUGUCACAAAAGGCCGUGUUCCCACCUGAGUUACUCAAAACGUUUUCUAAUGCACAAAACAGAAACAAAAAUAUUGGACUGGCACGGUACGUUGUCAAUUCGUGUUUUUUGAAUUACGACGAGAACAGGAGAAGUCUUCAUGAGUUGAGUAAUGAGGAGUUGGGCAACAUAGUUGAGGCACUGCAGUUAAAAGAAAUCAAAACGGAGAAGCAAGUGGAGAGUGAGCCGGAUCGAUACAAAGAUGUUGUUAAGCAAAUAGUGCCGGUUGAAACAAAGACAUUCCCAAUGACAUCAAACAACAAGAAGAUGUGCUUGCAAAUGUUAAAUUGGAUUAUAGCGGACAAAAGUGUAGCUGCGUUCAUGAGACCUGUUGACGAGAUCUUAGAUGGAGCUCCAAAGUAUUACACAAUCAUUAAACAGCCGAUGUGUAUUGAGACGAUUAAACAAACGUUAGCGAGUGGGAAGUAUAAAACGGCGAAUGGGUUCAUGAACGAUUUACGACUGGUGUGGACAAACGGAAUGAAAUACAAUUACCCUGGGACGUUAUUCUAUACAUACGCAAGUAAUUUACUCAAAAAGAGUGAGGAGAAGUGGGGGAAGCUUCCCCUUGAAACAAGAGAAGAAGAGAAACAACAGGAGAAAAGUAAAGACCAGGAGAUCCGUGAGAAGAAAGCACGGGAAUUAGUCAAAGAAACGAAAAAGGAACGGAUGGAGGAGGACCAACGAAGGCAGAAAGAAGCUUUAAAAGUCCCGAAAAAGAAAAAGGCUGUUGAGUUAGUAGUUGAGGAUGACACUCAAAAGGAUGUGAUACGAGUCUACACUUACGAGGAUAAAGUAAGAGUCAUGGAAAAGGUGACCAAAUUGUCUGAAGAAGCACAAAAGAUGAUCCCAAAAAUUAUGAGUGGGGAUCAGACGGGAGAGGAUUAUGAGUUAGACCUUGAGACAAUGUCAAAUGCGGAUCUUACAAAGCUUGAAAAUUUUUGUGAUUCGUAUGCUCAUUGA